CCCGAGAGGACCAGUUGAGAUACUUGAUUGGGUGCUGCCGCUGUCUAUUAAUGUUGGGCAGUGACGGGAGGUUGUGAUGGCGAUGAAGGCCUAGCGCGGCCUGUUGGGCGAGGAUGCCGGGCGUAUCGCCCAGUCACCUGCUACUUGGGGUCCAGGUGGUGUUGCUGGCGAUCUCCGCGUUACUGCAGGGCCUGUCGGGCUCUGCUUCGCCAAACAGCACAGCUGAGGGGGAGGAGGUGACGGUGUCGGUGCCCGUGACGACGACGACGAUGCUGGAGUACCGCGAUCCGCGGUCCCCGCUCGUCCUCUGCAGCUUCCUGCCAGAUGAAUUUGUUGAAUGUGAGGAUCCAAUGGACCUUCUUGGAAACACAACAGCAUAUCAGGAACAAGGAUAUGGCUGUGUAAAAUUUGGUGGCCAAGCUUACAAUGAAGUGCAACAUACCGCAGUGCACUGCACUGCACUAAAGAAUAUUGAGUGCGCUGGACCACGCACUUUCCUCAGAGGGAAUGUACCUUGUAUAAAGUACACUGGACAUUACUUUGUGACAACCUUGCUCUAUUCCUUCUUCCUGGGCUGCUUUGGCGUUGAUAGAUUUUGCUUGGCACACACUGGCACUGCAGUGGGCAAGCUGCUGACCCUCGGAGGGCUGGGGAUAUGGUGGUUUGUGGACCUCAUUCUACUCAUCACAGGAGGCCUGAUGCCCAGCGAUGGCAGCAACUGGUGCACUUACUACUGAGGCUGUACUCAAGCUAAAUUUCCUGACACCUCUGCAGGCUUGGAGAUAAGGCAGCGGGUAACAGGUGCCUGUGUAUCUUGUGAAGCCACCCAGGUUAUUUUUGCAGACUCUUGACUGAAUCCCAGGCCUAGCACUUCUGCUUUUUGUUACAUUUUCCCUUUCUGCUUGAUUCUUUCAGGUAUGGUUAAGACAUUGGACGUUUCUUGUAAGAUGGAUUAGUCAUGUAUAUCAUUUUAUGAAGUCUGUAUAUAAAGUAAAUUCUGCAAUCACA